AUGUUCAUUCCGAUACAUUAUAGACUGCUGGUCUCCAUAGACGCCAUCCAGGAAGGACUCCACCUCUCUAAAACUGGCACUCAAAGCCUGCCUCGUGCUUUUUCAAGCUUUAGCAUUCAACACAGAAAACAACAUCCCCACGGUCAGCCAUGGUGGUCAGAAUGUAAAGCUUUGGGAGUGUUUUUCAAACAAUACUGUGUCUGUCUUACAGGACAAAGUCAUCACUCUCCAGAGCUGAGGAUUGUGUUGAUUAGUGGAAGAGAUAUAAACGGAAUUUGUAGCAAUAAGAGCGCGACUGGCAACAUCAUACUGGGUAAAAAUGUUUUUGAUACCAACAGAAGAACUGCCCAGAGUGUGGCGAGGCAGCAGGAGGUCCAUGGCAGACAGGUCACCGUGGUCGAUACCCCCAGCUGGUGGUGGCACUACCCAAGAGAAAACACCUCAAAGCUGGAUCAGAUAGAAAUCCAGAACAGCAUCUAUCUGUGUCCACCGGGGCCUCAUGCCUUUCUUCUAGUUAUUCCUUUUGAUUCAAGCUUUUCUGAGAUCAACAAAACAUCACUGCAAGAGCAUCUAAAACUUCUCCCCGAAGGAGUGUUUGAUCGCACCAUUGUUGUGUUUACUGCAUUUACUCUAUGUAGUGAUGAAAAUGUGGAAACUGACAUCAGGAGGAGCCCAGUACUGCAGUGGAUCCUUCAACAAUGCAGAGGCAGAACACAUGUUCUCUGUAGUUAUACCCAAGAUAGCACUCAAGUCAUCACGCUUUUUAAGAAAAUAGAGGCAAUGGUGGCAGAAGAUGGAGGCAGUAACUUUUGUGUUGAUGCUGCCAGUGGAAAUGCUCUGAGAGAAGAAAUGAAUGUCUUGGCUAAAGCAGCAUCAGAGAGGUGUGACGCAGCGCAAACACAGAGAAGGAAGCUCAAAGCUCUGAUUGAAGGUGGCAAAACCCCACCGACACAUUUAAAACUAGUGAUGGUUGGUGCGCAGUGGUCAGCAAAGAGCUCGGCAGGCAACACCAUCCUGAGAAAGCAAGAGUUUGAUGUUCAUCACAAAAGAAGAACAAGAACAACGCAGUACUGUGAAAUAAGACACAGCAUGGUGGCAGGCAGGCCGGUCACAGUGGUAGAUUCUCCUGGCUGGCUCUACAACUACACCCUUCAGGACACCAGUGAAAUGGAUAAACUGGAAAUACAGAAUAGUAUCAACAUGUGCCCUCCAGGUCCCCACGCAGUGCUCCUUGUGAUUGGCUUGACAUCUGCCUUCAAUGCAUCGUAUCAGAGAGCAGUCCAGGAGCACAUGAGUCUGUUCAAGGACAAUAUCUGGAAGCACACGAUUGUUCUGUUCACUAGAGGCGACUGGCUGGGAGUGAAGACUGUGGAAGAGCGCAUUGAGAGUGAGAAAGGUCUGCAGUGGCUCGUGGAGAAGUGUGGGAACAGGUAUCACGUCCUGGACAACAUGAACUCCAGAGAUGAGAGGCAGGUAGAGGAGCUCCUUCAGAAGAUUGAAGAGAUGUUGGCAGGAAACAACAAUCUUUACUAUGAAAGUGACCUGCACAGUGAAAUAAAGCUGAAGGACAUGAAGGAGACUGGAGAGAAGAUGGCUCAAAGGAUUAGGCAGACAACUGAAAGACAGUCGAGAAUGCUGAGAGAGUUGUUUAAAGGGGAGAGGCCACCAGUCACUGACAUGGGAAUUGUCCUUAUUGGCAGAAAAGAGUCAGGGAAGAGUAUGGCAGGAAACCGAAUCUUUUUGACAGAGAUUUUUGAAAAGGCCUGGUUGAAGAAGGAAUUCCAAGAUGAGAGAAAAAACAAAAAGUGUGUAAAACAUCAGGAACAUCUAUAUGGAGUAAACAUCACAGUGGUUGAGGCGCCCGGCUGGGAUAAGGACACAACACCAUCUGAAGAGCUCAUAACUGAAGUCCAACAAAGUGUCUCCAUGUGUGCUCCAGGCCCCCAUGCCUUUCUCUUGGUUGUUCCCAUUUCCAAAGCAUUUACAGAGAAAGAUUACAAAGCAGCGGUCAUGCUCUUGAUGCCGUUGGGUGAGAGGGUCUGGAGACACUGCAUGGUGCUGUUCACCUGGGGAGAUUGGCUCACCAGCAGACCCAUCGAGGAGCACAUCGCCAGAGAAGGCAAGCCCCUCCAGCUGCUUGUGGAAAGGUGUUGGAACAGAUAUCAUGUUAUCAGCUGCAAUCGCUUUACUGAUCCUUUUCCAGUGAUAGAGCUGUUGCAGAAAAUUUAUGACAUGACAGCACGAAACAAGGGACAAUGCUUCACCACUGACGGCCAGCAAAAGAAGACACAGAUACUGCCAUGGAGUGCAAGAAAGAGUCUGACAGAAGAGGAGUGGAACAGAAGGGAGGAGGAGCUAGUAGACCGAAUGUUGAAAGCCAUAGCGAAUGAGCCCGAGGUACCAACUUUUCCAUCUGUGAGGACAGCAGGAAGCAUUGAUCCAGCUUACCUUCCAAACAUGAGCGGAGACGUGCCCUCCAACUUUGGGGGCGCAUCUGAUCUUCUGAGAAAGAACCUCCACGUGUCUCAAUGGCUCAACACUGGAGGUGGAACAUCUGAAGCCACCUCUGGGUUUGGAAGCAUCGGUCACCCAGUCAGUCACUUGGAGGACUUGGAUGAGUGAUCUUAAAUCCAUGAUUGAAAUCAUCAGCCAAGAGAAAGACAUCAUAGUCAUUCAUUGUACCUGAGUGAACACUGUUCAACAGAUACUGGCGCGACUAAACAUCUAUAACCAGUGGUGUUCAUUUCUGACGCUAUCUCUGCUCUUUUAACAAACAUAAAUGUAAUUUCUUUGAUGUUAACCUGUUAUAUCAGAAUAACUGUUAUUGUGUAGGUGAUGGAAAUUCCAGUCUAAUGUAAAAAUAGUGAUGUGGUAUGCAUUCAACAAAUGGGUCAUUUACUGUAUUCUUCAGUGAUGAAAAGUUCAGUUCUGCUCUAAUUAUUAGUUAUGACGCCCACUCUACAGAUUUUAAUUAAUAACACAAAAUAGAAUCAACAAAUACGUUUCUUAUGGGAUAAGAUAGGACAAGAGAAAACUUGAAUUAUAAUUGAGAGAAAUUUUUACACAACAGCAUAAAAAUUAAAUAAAAUUAACCACAUCUUUACCAGUUAUUUCGCCAGUUGUA